AUGUCAUCAUUAGACUCCUCCUUCUCUUUGGCCUUCUCUGAGGGAUUCAGAUUGAGGGCAAGUGAGAUGGCAGCAAUGGUCUGGAUACCGGAUAAGAAGUGGUCGAUGAGCACCGACCUGGACCUCGGCCGAGAUUUCAAUAGUACCACGAGUGAUCUUGGUGGGGAUACCGAGGGUCUAGAAGGAGGAGGUCUUUCCGGACUCCAUACCAUCAGUGUUUCUGUAAUAGCACCCAAUUUGAGAUCGGUUCAGACAGCACCUGGACCUCACCUGAUGAUCAAUUACGUCGUGCAUAAUACUCCUGCCAGUGAUAAGACGUGUUUGGUCAGGACUCACGGAGAGCGCAGGAGCCACAGCGAGCUCAAGCUGAAGAUAAUUCAGACUUCGAAAGUACGUGCUGCUAUUGCACCUACCAGAGAUGGUGCAACUGUUCAGGAAGUCCACCAGCCAAAGGACGUCAGUGGCAUUCACUCGGAAAUGGUUUCAGAUGUCAAGUCUUGCGCAGGUGCUAUAUUUGGGUUGAAUCCCGAAUUUUUUGUUCGAGGCUACCCUCACGAUACUCAGCCAGAAUGCUGUACUAUGCUUGUGAAUCCCCGUGGUGAAUACACAAAGUUUACUCCCAUACUCUUUCUUCAUCCAGAGUGUCUCAACAAAGACGAAUUUCUCAAAACAGCAAAGCUUGUUCAGCUAUUAGGUCUUAAAAGUAGCGCUUUUGGGAAAUCCUCCCUUUCUGCCACCUACGCUCCAGCCCCCAAGACUAACACCAAACUUUGGCAAUUAUGGAAUACCACUCCGGGUAUGAUUGCUGCUGCUGCUGUUGUUGCAAUAUUUGUUCUUUUGGGUGACAAGGAUUUGUACGCGAAGGGUGAAAAAAGCAAUAUCCUGUACCACCAAUAUCAUAACUACUAUCGCCAACAUCUAAUGACUGGAGGUGCCUGGACACGAGACAUCCUCACCUUUUUCAACAAUGCCCUCUUCCCUGAAACCUCAUCCUCGCAUGUCGGUCCAGACACGACAGAUGCAGGCACUUCCCACAACAGUUUGGAAGAGGAACUUGAGCAUUCCAUGGAAGAGGGAGGCAACGGGCCAGCUUUUCAAUUUGAUCCUGUCGUUGCCCCUGUUACUCAGUGUUCUGAGUCCAUCGUGGACCAAUCCUCUGCCUCUGUCACACGCCCACCAUCUGCCUCUGUUGCACUGCCAGCAUAUUAUGCUCCUGCUGUUGCAUUUCCACCUGCCCCUGUGACUGCCCCUGUUACUUUGCCCUCGGCUGCUCCUAUCAUCAUGGCACCAUCUGACUCCAUCUCUUCGGCAAUGCAAGACCUUACCUUGGCAGGUGGUCCUCCCCUUGUAGAGCCUGAUGUGGUUGGGGCUGUCCCCCCGAAACCUAAACCAAAGCCAAGGCAGAUGAAUCAGGCGCUGAGAUAUCUUCUUUACUUCUCGCCGUCGGCAAUGUCACAAUCAUCGCUAAAUUAG